UAACUCUUCUCUCGUGGAUUUCAGCGUUAUUUUUCAAACUCCCCAUUCAUGAUCAUACCCCCGCGCCCAAAAGCUAAGGUUCCGUUGUUGUUGCAUACAUUUUUCUAGCCUUUCUUUUUCUUUUUAGAGAGAGAGAGAUUGCCUUUCUAGAGAGAGAGAGAGAGAGAGAGUGAGAAAAUGGAAUGAAUAAUCAAAUCAAUUCAACUUUCUCAUCAUCCCCAUCUCUAUAUCCAUUUUUCAAUCAUUCAACCCUCCUCCUCCAUCUUUGUGAAGAAACACCACUUCCAUGCCUGAACUCGGUGGAAGAGUUGGCUACUUGGUUGAAGAUAGAGCCAAGAAGCAAUGCACAAGACUAUGAAGAAGAACAAUACUGAUCAACUUCCAAAGCCCAAAGAGCGUCACAUCGUUUCGUGGUCUCAAGAGGAGGAUGAUAUACUUCGCAACCAAAUUCGAACCCAUGGAACUGAAAAUUGGGCAAUCAUUGCAUCAAAAUUCAAGGAUAAAUCAACCAGGCAAUGUAGAAGAAGAUGGUACACUUAUUUGAAUUCUGAUUUCAAGAAAGGGGGGUGGUCUCCAGAGGAAGACUUGCUCUUAUGUGAGGCUCAAAAAGUAUUUGGUAACAGAUGGACUGAAAUAGCCAAAGUGGUCUCGGGGAGAACUGAUAAUGCUGUGAAGAACCGAUUUUCCACACUGUGUAAGAAGAGGGCAAAACAUGAAGCCUUAGUGAAAGAGAAUAAUAACACUUCAUACAUCAAUCCAAACAACAAAAGGGUUAUCUUUCGAAAUGGGUUUAAUACAGCUGGAAUAUCAGAAACUGCAACACCUAUGAAGAAGAUGAGGAGGACCGAUAUCUCUGAUCUCAUGGAAAACUACAACCAUGGAGAAAGAUUACCCAGGGAAUGUCAAACAACAGCAAAUCAGCAGCUGAGACCUCCAUUUGCAGUACUGGUGCAAAACUUCCACAAUGUGGGAAACCUGCCCACUCAAAAUCAUGUCAACAACACCAAGGAGAUGUCCAAGGAUGAAGCAGCUAGUAAUAACAAGAUUCAAGGAACAUUUCUCAAAAAAGACGAUCCAAAGAUAUUUGCAUUGAUGCAACAAGCAGAACUUCUCAGCUCACUUGCAGUCAAAGUUAAUUCGGAGAAUACGCACCAAAGUCUUGAAAAUGCAUGGAAGGUUCUCCAAGAUUUUCUCAAUCAAACCAAAGGGAAUGAUAUGCUCGGUAUCAAAAUCUCUGAUAUAGAUUUUCAACUUGAAAAUUUUAGAGACUUGAUAGAGGACUUGAGGAAUAAUAAUGAGGGCAGUCGACAAUCUUGGAGGCAACCUGAUCUAUAUGAAGAGUCUCCAGGGAGUUCUGAGUACAGUACAGGAUCAACACUCCUCUCCCAGACAGCAGGUGAUAAAACAGAACAAAGUCAAGAUGAGCUAUGUGCACUACAUCAAGACAGUAUCGCGGAGUCACAAUCAACCCGUAUAGGAGAGCAAAAUGGUAUCGGUGAUUGUGAAAAUGGUAUUCUCUCUGGUGCAACCACUACUGAAGAUAUGUUACCAUCUUGCAAUGAUCAAAAAGACAAUGAUGGAGUCAUCCCUAAAGACCAUGAUGGAAUCAUCCCUGCAUUUUCAAAUACCGAGUUCAGUUCUCCUCUUCAAGUAACCCCAAUUUUCAGAUCCUUAGCCGCAGGGAUUCCGAGUCCAAAAUUUUCAGAAAGUGAGAGGCAAUUCCUACUGAAAACACUUGGAAUGGAGUCCCCAUCCUGUAAUCCAAACAACAAUACAUCACAACCUCCACUCUGCAAAAGGGCCCUCCUCCAGAGUCUAUGACAAACCUUACCGAUCCAUCUCUCAUAAAGAGGUUUGCAGGGUUUACUCAGCCACUAUAACUACUUACCAAAAGUUUUUGGCAUACAAAGCGUUUUCCUUUCCUCCCCUAGUUCACUUCCCUUUGGAUCGCAGUCAUUUCGACCUGAUUUUUUUACAAAGAGGCCUUUCAAGAUCUGCGUUUCAAUCUAGAAUGUUACGGUGCAUUCUGGUAAUACCUGACAGAUCUAACAGAAAGUUAUGCGUUCUCCUUAGAGUUACCAGCCCUUAAUACACAUUAAUUUCAGUGUGCCUUUUGAAGUGUGUCAUUCCAUUUUAUUCUUGAAAUUGUGGGAUUCGGAUAUGGGUAUUCCUUUUCCCAAUCAAGUUUUUGUUCUUGAUUUAUCAUUUUGUACAGAACCUGCAGUGUGUUUCCUACUCAUCGAGAUUGUAAUUACACAUCGGCUCCUCGCCUAUAUCACCCCCGUGAAGAUGGGGUCUAGAAGAAGAAAGGAGGAUCAACAAGUUGAAUUGAACUCCUUUUGUUUUUUUUUUUUUUUUUGGUUUUUUGGGGGAGGUGUAGAGGGUAUAGAAUAAGUUUUAUUUAUUUUUUCUUUCACACAUAUUUUAAUGUUAUGUAACAUGUAUUGAUUGGAGUGGAGAAUGUGACAGUGAUUUUUGUGUGCA